AUGAGUUCCUUGGGCACAUACUUCCUGGACGUCGUCUAUUCUUUUACGAAUUGCAUGGUCUGCUUUCCAAGCUCACCACAGCUUAAGAUUAACAAUCGGAAUUUCAAGAUACUACGGUUGCUGGGCGAGGGUGGCUUCUCAUAUGUAUACCUCGUACAAGACAAUUCGAAUCAACAACUACUCGCCCUCAAGAAGAUACGAUGUCCCUUCGGACAAGAAAGCGUGAGCCUGGCGCUCAAGGAAGUCGAAGCCUACACGCUAUUUUCGCCGCACCCGAACAUCAUACAUUCGAUCGACUACUCUGUUGAGUCCGAUAAAUCGGACGCGUCUGCGAAGACCGUUUACAUUCUCCUCCCCUACUACCGUCGCGGCAACCUACAAGAUAUGAUCAAUGCGAACCUGGUCAAUCACACAAAAUUUCCUGAGCGAAGACUGAUGGUGCUUUUCUUGGGUGUUUGCAAAGCGCUAAAGGCAAUGCAUCAGUACAAAAUCAAGGGCGGGCCUGGUGGCGCGCGAAGCGAGGGCAAGGCGAAGAAAGUCCGGAGGGAUGCAAAGAGAGCAGACGCGGAAGCAGCGGAGAGCAUGGAAAUGCGCCCGAGUAGGAGGAAUCGCGAUCAUGAAGAAGAGGAUGAGCAAGAGGCAGAAGGUCUGCUAGAAGAGUCGGAAGUCACAGCGGCGCAUGAAGGCAUUGCGCCUGGUGGAGAGAGGGCGUACGCGCACAGGGACAUUAAGCCAGGCAACAUCAUGAUAGAUGACGACGGCAAGACGCCGAUUCUAAUGGAUCUCGGCUCCCUCGCCCCAUCCCCAACACCCAUAACAUCGCGUUCCCUCGCUCUACAAGUCCAAGAUACCGCCGCCGAACACUCAACCAUGCCAUACCGCGCCCCCGAACUCUUCGACGUCAAGACUGGCUCCGUCAUCGACACCAAAGUCGAUAUCUGGUCACUCGGUUGCACACUUUACGCAUGCUUAGUCGGCAAGAGCCCGUUCGAGGCUAGAUCAGAUGAGACGGGUGGUAGCCUGAGUAUAUGUGUACUAGGUGGUGACUGGAGGUUUCCGGAUGAAGGCAUGCAGAGGGGCAAGCAAAAGGCUAACCCUGAGGAUGCUAUUACAGAUAGUGUCAAAGAGGUGGUGAGGAAGUGUCUGAGGUUGGAGCCGAGUGAGCGGCCUGAUGUUGAUGAGCUGAUUGACAUUGUGGAGGAUGUACUAAGGGAGCUGCCGGAGGAUGGCUCGGACGACUGA